AAAUUUCUUGGCAAGAGAAAAAGAUCGAUCAAAUGAACCUUCGUAUACCACUUACAUCAUGCAUGCUAAAAUCCCAAUCUAACCUCGAAAACUCUCAAAUCCUAUCAGCUUCUCGACAAAGCUCACAAUCCCCAUUUUCCAAAAGCCCCCAAAAUUCCAAACCUCUAAGCCCCUAUAAACCCCUUAAAGUCAAAAAUCCUAAACCCCAAAGCAUGUCCAACGCUAAAAUCACCGGCAUCAGCUACCACAACCCACCCCUCCCCACCCCUCAAUCACCUCAAAUCCCCACCAAAUUCCAAAAUCAGGCCUAGAGGCCUCCCCAGGACCUUUACAGGGACUAAAGGGCGGCUGGUAGAACAGGGGAGGAGGAAGAGGAAGGAAGGCAGGAAAGGACCAGGAGGGUUCGGAAUUGGAGAUAUUGGAGAGAAGUGGAAUGUUGGUAAGAAAUGAGAGAAGCGGAGUAGGAGGGUGUGGAAGAAGAGAAAUAAUUCUGAAGUCAUAUUUAAAUUGAUUAAGGGCAAAUAAAGACAUAGAGGUUUUCAAAAAGCCUUUUUCAGAUCUUUUAAGCCCAAACAGAACUAGCAGCUCAAAAAGAAAACGUAAAAAUAAACGAAAAAGCCUGAUCCCAACUCGUAACACCCAAAGUCGCAAGCAUCUCCACGCAACCCCCCUAAACCCCCUCUCCAAAUCCCCUCCCAAAGCACCCCACCCCUUCACUCCCAAAACCGCUCCAUUCAAAGAACCCAUUCCCAAAACCCUCCUGCAUGAAUCCCAAAGACACCAAGUCCUUCACAAAGUCUACCAGCAGAAAGAAAAAGGCAUAGUGAUAGAACAAUUUGUGAAGAAAGUGAAGAUGUUCAGGAGGGGUUGUGAGAAGGAAGAUAGGAAGGAUAGGUGUAGUUUUGAGAAGAGUGAGGAGGAUAGGAAUGAUGAAUUGGAAAGGAUGGUUAAGCAGAGUUCUUUUAGGGAUGUAUCGAUGGUGUAUGCGAAUAUGAAGCCGAAGAUUAUGGAUGGUUCUGUGCCGGAGAUUUUGGAAAGGGUUAGAAGAGUUAGAAAGCCUAAGUAUCUUCCUAAGUCUCAAAUUUUUGCAAAAACUAAAAAUUCAUCAAAAUUUUUGAAUACUACUUUAGUUAUACCAAAGCAUCCUGAAAAUCCUAUUCCAACCUCUGAUUAUAUCAAAAGAGGAUCUGGCGAUAAUCCUUCUAACCCAUCUUUUCAAACAACUUCCUACAAAAAUCCAACAAUCCUAAUAUCCCUAAACCCCCCAAAACUAAACCCUAAAAACACCAAAAAGCACUCCAAAGUGACCUUCAUACCCUCAAAAUCCUCAUAAA